AUGUGGGCACGCGCCUCUCUUGUGCGUGCGUCGCUUCGUGUGCCUUCCCGGGCCCUGCAUUCCGGACCAGCGCUAUUUCAGAGGCAGGGACGUGAGCGCGGGUCUGCGCGGGCGCAUGAAAACCCGCUGGAGCUGAACAAGAUGGGGUACUUCCAAUUUGACGAUGUCCCUACGUUUGGCCACAUGCGUCUCCAAAAGCAGCGCCAGAUGCUCGCCUACUAUCGGCUGUUGGCUAACCAACUGCCAGCGCUCAAAGGUAUGCUUUCACGCUCACCCUAUGCAGACAUGCAUGAGCCGUUCUCGCCGCCGCCCGCGACGCACUUUCUGACGUUCCGCUUCGUGCACUACCAGGGCGAGGAGCACCCUGAUACGAGCAAGGUGGUGCUCACGUUUGAUAUCAAGGACCUGUUUCGUGCGAAUGUGCUCCGCACGCCGCAGGCAAAGCACAAGUUCCUCCUUCUCGCGGGGCCACGAUGGCAGCCGCCUUCGCCCGCAUUUGUUCAGCGAUGGAACGAUGCCUUGGAGCGCGGCGAGGAGGAGCUCGCUACACUGGCUACGGAAGACACUCUAGGCUCCGUCAAGAUCGCAUCGAGCGACCUACCUCACGAGUCGCAAAACAUGAAGUGGUGCAGCGACGUGCUAGAUAGCAUGAUCCGCGAAGCCAAUGUACGUGAGGAUCACUGA